GCGCCCUGGCCUGCGGCCCCUUCCCUUGGGUGAGGAGGAAGAGGAGCCAGAGAGCAGCGAUGAAGGGGCUGAGCCGCCUGCUCCGUGCCGGGGAGGAUGCCACGCAGGGAGCCGCGGCAGCCGGCCAUGACAGCCUAUUGCCAGAUGAGAGAGAAUUUCAAUAUGCUGCUAAAAUGAACAAUUUGGAAAACAUGGAAAAGCUGUUUAAAAAGAAUGUUAACAUAAAUGCUGUAGAUACUCUGAAGCGCACUGCACUCCAUUUUGCUGUUGCAAGAAGUCAUAUAUCGGUGGUGGAUUUUCUUCUCCAUCACAAAGCUAGACUUGAUAUGGCAGAUCAGCAUGGCCUGACAGUGAUUCAUCUUGCAGCUUGGACUGGAAAUCUGGAUAUAAUGAGAAAAUUAGUUAAAGCAGGCGCUGAUCAAAAGGCUAAGAACGAGGAAGGAAUGAAUGUCCUGCACUUUGCAGCUCAGAACAACAGUGUUAAAAUAGUUGAUUAUUUUAUCCAAGAUCUUCAUCUGAAUGACUUGAACAAGCCUGAUGGGAAAGGUAAAAAGCCAUUUCUUCUGGCAUCUGAAAAAGGCCAUGUUGACAUGAUUAACAAUUUGAUUGCCCUGAAGCUGUUUACAUUUGAAAAAGAUAAGGAGGGAAACACAGCAUUGCAUCUUGCAGCCAAAAAUGGUCACAGCGAAGUUGUAGAAAUUCUGCUUGCACAGUGGGAGGAAGUAAAUGACCUCAAUCAGAAUGGAGAAACCCCAUUUUACUUGUCUGUUGAAGGAGGUCAUGAAAAAUGUGCUGAACUCUUACUGGAAGCAGGGAGUGACAUCAAUGUUUUAACUCAAGUAUGUACACAGUAUCCCUCCAGCACACAGAACAAUAGUAGUGCUUUGCAGAUUGCAAUUCAGAAUGGACAUCUACCCUUGGUUAGUUUUCUUAUUGAUAAGAAUAUUGACUUGGUUCCUAAACCUGAGCAGAAGAAUUCCCCUCUCCAUUUAGCAGUCAUCAAUAAUCAUCUACCAGCAGUUAAAAGUCUCUUGGAUGCCAAUCAUGAUAUAAACUCCUUAAAUCAUAGGCAAGAAACCCCUCUACAUCUGGCAGCUGAUCUUGGCAACGUGGAGAUGGUGGAAGUGCUGCUCAAGACAGGCUGCAAUCUCAAGACCAUGGAUAAGCAUGGAAAAACUGCACUAGCUGUGGCAUCAAGGAGUAAUCAUGCCCUCAUUGUAGAUAUGAUCAUUAAAGCGGAAAGGUAUUAUGCCACAAAACAGGAACAUCUAGCUCAUAGUGAGGAUGGGUUAGACUUCAGCUUGUCCUUCAAACAAGAUCACAGUACACAGACCAAGCAAAUCCGUUCCUCCCUUUGGAAUCUAGCAUACAACCAGUUAAAACCCCAGGAAUGGAAAAAACUGGCCUUAUUCCUGAAGUUCACAGAAGAACAAAUUAAAGCUAUUGAAGAACAAUGGACAGGGAAAAAAAGUUAUAAAGAACAUGGAAACAGAAUGUUGCUCAUCUGGUUACAUGGUAUAUUGCUGGCUCAUCAGAAUCCUAUCAAGCAUAUAUAUGAGGAUCUGGUGGAAGCAGGGUUUCAGCCUUUAGCUGAGAAGAUCAGAGCUGCAAGUAGCACUGACGUGGACUCCAGAAAAUGUGCAAUUUCAUGAGUUCAACAAUAAAACAUGGCAUGUGUGAUGGAAUUACAUGCCAGAUGAAAACUGACUUUCAAAUAAUAUCUUUUCUGGAGACAAAAACCUAUUUUGAAGUUGUAUGACUUUUUCCAAGCUAUAAGAAUUUGGACUCCCGAAGUAUUGGUCCGUUCUUUCUCAUGUGCACGCUACACACUGAUUUAAAGAAUUUAAGAGUGAAUGGCUGGCUGGCAAUUUAUGACUGUACUGCUAAGCAAGAACCAUCCCCCUACAAUUUCUACACCUGGCUUAACACUGAUACACUAAUUAUGUAUUGGAACUGCAAAUUAAGCUAUUUUGUUUGACAUGAAUUGUAAAUAAGAUGUUUUCUACAUGAAAGCAAUUAAAUUUAGUAAGUGAAAAUUAUGUGUAUAAAUCAAACCUCCCAGAAAUAGGUUGGCACUUGGCCUCAUUUGGGAUUCAGGUUUUUAUAAAGUCUUGCUAGGAUUAUAGUGUUCCUGUAUGGACAGAGCUUUUCUCAUUUAAUUAGUGCUAGGAUUAGGACAAGUCUUUCUUCUUCAGCAUUUGAUUUAUGUAGUGAGCAUACACAAAAACAUCACAUCUAAAGCCAUAUAUGCUUGGCUGCAGAAUUUUCUACCAUGGUAUAACCUUGUACACAUAUAAAAGAACAUUUGAUAUUUAAUAUUUAACACAUCUAGGAAUUAUUUGCCUAUUUCUUGUUCAUGUCUCAAAUUAAUAUUUGGUAGCAUCUUGCUGAACUUGUUUAAAGGUUUUCUCAUUACUGAAUAUAUUUCAUAUCUGACAAAUUAUGUAAAAUGUCUAUCUUUGUAGUCUCUAUAAUAAAAUAGCAAUAUUUUUAUUAUGUAAUGGAAGAAUUGAAUUGCCUUGUCUGUCUCUAUAUAGCUAUCAUUAUUUAUAUUGGAUCUUAUUGCUUGUACUAAAAAGAUGAUGAUACGGAUCUUAGACCGAAGCCUUAUGCUCAACUGCCAUCUUGUGUGCAACCUGUUUAGACAUGGCUGCAGAGCAUCACAGGGGUGUGAAGAACAGACUGGUAAAUCCUCAGGUUUUGUACUUAGGGAUCUAAGAUCACAAAUUCUUAGAUCCUGACAGGUAUGCAUCAAGUUCUACAACAGUAGUUCAAAAAAUGAGAAUGUUUAACAAUUUGAUGGACUUGUAUCUCAUCUGGCCCAAGUCACACCCUGAGG